AUGGAACCAGAGCCAACCAUUAGCGCUCUCCUUGAGGCUGUCACCACCCUCACCGCCACCGUUGGGUCCCUGCAGGACCAAAUUCACUCCCAAGGCCAACAGCUCAUUGAGCUCAAAGCCAUAUGCAAGGAAACCGCGGACCUCCUUGGAGACAAGGACCAGGGGGGAACCACCCAAACCCAAGCACAGCCUGGCCCAUUGGCUGGGCCUAUCACCCCUCCUUCCCAUACAGGAGGACAGGCCAUCACUCCAAGAACGGCUAGGCCUGGGCUCAAAGACCCUUUCCGCCCCACCAGAGGCACCACUGGGUACAACUCCAAGGAAGAACAACCAAGGAGAAUCAAGGAGGAGCCUUGCGGAGCGCUUAGGGAUCUAAGGACCCUUACCCCCUUCAGCUUGGGUUUGGACACCAAACAUCCCAAAAUGGAACUACCAGACCCAUUCAAAGGGGAGAUUCAAGGGCAGAAAGCAGUUCAAUGGCUAGACCGCAUGCUGUUAUGGGGGGCCCUUCACAGGGACCAAUUCAAAGAGGAUGAGCAGCUGAUUGUCUGGAUCCUCUACCACAUGGAGGACAAGGCUGCUGAUUGGGCACUCCCUAUUAUUGGGAACAUCAUUAAGGGCAAACCCAAUGCUCCUACAACCAUCCCUGCCGUGACCAGAAAAUUCAAAGAAGCCUUUGCUGACCCAGAUGCCAAAAGGGCUGUGGCCAGGAAAAUUGCCACACUUACUCAGACAAGCACCACGUCUGAGUAUGUAACAGAAUUCUGUAACCUCAUUGCGGAACUAGACUGGAACAAGGAGGCGUACAUUGCCCAGUUCACGCGCGUCCUUCACUGGAAGGUUAAGGAACUCUUGUCCACCAAGGACAACAUUCCCAACAACUUGGAGGCUAUCUUUGCUGCCUCCAUCAAAAUAGACAACACUUGUCAGGAAAAUGAAGAGAACCGCCCCAAAAAGGUCCCUGCUAAGUCCCCGGUCACCAUGACCACAUCCACCUCCACCACAACAAGGGUCUGCCUAUCAGAGGAUCCUAACUAUGUCACCCCGGAGGAAAGGGACCGCCGCUGUGCAUCAGGCCUUUGCGUCAAGUGCAGCCAAAAAGGUCAUGGGAUCAAGCAAUGCCCCAACGGCUGGAAAGCCAACAUCAAGGAAGUGGCCAAGCCCCUGACUCAAAAAUUGGACAUUGUAGAUAAUUCUGUAGAGUUUGUGUCUGUUGGUCUUGACUCUAAUAAAAAACCAUUAUUAUUCAUCAACCUACACGUCCAAAAUUCCCAGGCAGAACCCAUUAGAACUCUCAUUGAUUCCGGCGCCACCUCCAACUUCAUAUCCCCAGCUCUAGUAGAAAAACUCAAAAUCCCAAAAACCCAACUCAAAAAUCCACGAGUUGUGAGAAUGUUAGAUGGUACCCUAUCCCAAACUGGUCGCAUAUGGCACCAGGUUCAACUUGCAGUCUCGGCCAAUGGCCACUCACACAAGAUCCCCUUCCUAGUUUGUCCCAUUGGGAAUACACCGGCAAUUUUAGGCAUGACAUGGUUAACGGCAGAAGCUCCCCUCAUUGAUUGGCAACAGGGAUCAGUCACAUUCCCUGAACAAGUACAGAUUGCCUCCAAAGAAGAAGCAGACCUGGGCCCUUUAGCAAACCUUCCCCCUCAAUACCAUGAAUUUGCCAAGGUAUUUGGUGAGGAGGAGUUCAAAGCCCUACCUCUGCACCGGGAAUACAACAUAGCCAUCAACCUACUCCUGGACGCCAAACUUUCUCCAGGACCAAUCUAUGGCAUGACCAAUGCGGAAUCAAAAGCACUUAAACAACACAUUGACAAGGAACUAGCAACCAGCAAAAUCCGUCCUAGUACCUCAUCAACAGGUGCCCUGGUCAUGUUUGUAAAGAAGGCAGAUGGCUCCCUCAGGCUGGUAGUAGAUUACCGGAAGCUGAAUGACGUAACCCACAAAAACGUGUAUCCACUUCCCAGACAAGAUGACCUCAUGGCUAAGCUCAGGAACGCCAAGUUGUUUACCAAGCUGGACUUAUCUUUCAGGACCAAGUACGGGCUCUUUGAAUAUCUAGUGAUGCCUUUUGGCCUCACAAAUGCCCCCGCCGCUUUUCAGCAUUUCAUGAAUGAUUUGUUCAGGGAUCUCAUCAAUGUCACAGUAGUCAUCUACUUGGAUGAUAUUUUGAUCUUUUUGGAGAAACCGGAAGAACACCCUGCCCAUGUGAGGGAAGUCCUAUCCAGGCUAAUGGCAAAUCAGCUGUUCUGCAAACUCUCAAAGUGCCACUUCCACGUAACCACAGUUGACUACCUUGGCAUUGUAAUCUCACCGGAAGGAUUCUCCAUGGAUCAGAAGAAGAUAGAAGCUGUCACCUCAUGGCCCCAACCCAAAACUGUCAAACAGGUCCAGGCAUUCUUAGGCUUUGUCAACUACCUCCGGCGUUUUAUUCCCAACUUCAGCACGGUUGCACGCCCCCUCCAUAACCUCACCAAGAAGGAAACUCCCUGGUCAUGGGAGGAACCAGAAGAGUCUGCAUUCCAGGAGCUAAAGGCCCUUGUCACCAAAUCCCUGGUCCUUAUCCACUCCAACCCAGAACUACCCUACUACCUAGAAACAGACGCAUUGGGGGUAGCUAUGGGAGCCAUACUGAGUCAAAGAGGGGAAGAUAACUGGCUCCAUCCAGUCGCAUAUAUGUCUAAGUCCUUCUCUGGUGCCAAAGCCAAUUACAAUACACACAAUAAGGAGUUACUGGCAAUCAUUAAAGCAUUGGAAGAAUGGAGAAUAUUCCUGGAAGCAACGAUCCAUUACCGCCCCAGAAAGCAGUCAGGAAAACCGGAUGCCCUGUCCAGACAAUUGGAUUACAUUGAUACACCACCGGAACCAGAGGUCAUGCUCCCCACAGAGGUUUUUGCCAACACAUUGGAGGAAGAACUGGAGAUAGCAUACCAAGAAUAUGACUGGGAAGAGGACCUGCUCUGGUACCGCGGAAAACUGGUAGUACCCAAUCAUGAACCCCUGAAGGAGAGACUCCUGAGGGAAUUCCACAACUCUCCCAUGGCAGGCCAUCCAGGACAACAAAGGACUCUGGAACUUCUGAGUUGCAACUACUGGUGGCCUGGCAUGAAAUCCUCAGCCAAAGAAUGGGUAGAGUGCUGCCCUGUAUGUCAAGCCAAUUGUCAAGCCCAUGCCCUGGCAAUUUCCCUGAAACCCUUGGAAAUUCCUCUGUACCCCUUCCAUACUAUAUCCUACAACUUCAUUACAGGUUUCCCAAAGUCCCAAGGUUAUGAUGCAAUCUUGGUUGUGAUUGACUCCUUCUCCAAAUUUGGCCACUUUAUUCCCACCACCAAAAAGGUCACUGCAAGAGGGUUGGCAGAUCUAUUUGUUGCCCAUGUUUGGAAACUCCAUGGGUUACCAGUCAGAACCAUAUUGGACCAAGGAACCACGUUCACAGGCAAAUUCCUCAGGGCCCUUUACCAACGGCUAGGCAUCAAACUGUCCUUCUCAUUGGCUUAUCACCCGGAAUCAGAUGGGCAGACAGAAAGGGUAAACCAGUUCAUAGAAUUUUACCUACGGUUGUACGUAUCUGCGGAUCACUCAGAUUGGGCCGCAUGGCUGCCCUUAGCGGAGUAUGCGUACAACAAUGCAAAACACGCUUCCACAGGAAAAUCUCCCUUUGAAUUGGUCUAUGGAAAGAGCCCAGUAAUGAACCUGUCUAACAUACCAGCCAAUGUCCCUGAGGCAGACCAGGACAAUUCAUGGGAACCCAAAGAACUGUUGGAACAUAGCCAGGAAGAGAUCAAAUGUUUCAACCAGGCCAGACUCAAAAAGGCUUGUGAUGCCGCCAAGAGCCUUUAA